AUGGGAGUCCCAUCCUUUGACGGUCUGCCUGAUCUGCCGGUCUUUCAAGAGCCUCUAUGCGGGGUUGAUGGGCCCGUUGAGAAGCUGGAGACGAAUACGCCCGAUAUAAUGGAGUCUGGCAAUUUCAUUUAUCCAUUUGAUGACCUAGAGAAUGCUUUCGAUUCGGCGUUUCGUCUUCCAGAGACGUCCUCUCUUUACUACUCCAGCGUUGAUGGAAUGGAGGCAGUGAGUCAAGACCCACUGGCCAUCCCAAACAGCGAUCCAUCGCCAUCUUUCUCCAAUGAAUUUGAGCUACACAGCGAGCCUUUUCAUCAAAUUUCUGAUACAAGCACUGAAGGAUGGCAUGUCCUCAAUCCUCUGGAUCGCUGGAAAAAUUCACCCCCGGAGAUGGAAGCCGCGUAUCUGACGGAUAUCAUGGACUCCGUGGCUCGCUCGAAUGGCAGUCCAUCAUCCAGAUCACGACCAGGCCCUCAGAACCCAACAACUUCCCAUCGCCGAGGCCAAAAAUGGCACGGACAUUCUCCGUCAGUUGCAGUAUCCGAGUCCACCAGGUCAAGUGCCUCGAGUAGCUCUGCAUCUUCCGUUCACAGCUUUGGCUCCGAUCAAUCUGGAUCAUUCGGUCGAUUCUAUGUGCGCGAACCGACACGUCGUCGUCGGCGACGCAACCGAAAGGGUUCACCGGUGCUGCACGUCCGUUCCGACCAACGGACUCAACGGCGUCCUUACCAGUGCACUUUCUGUACAGACACUUUCAAAUCAAAGUAUGACUGGACUCGACAUGAGAAGACCUUGCAUUUGUCACUGGAGAGUUGGGUUUGCGCACCGUUCGGACCGACAUACGAAAAUGAAUCAACCGGCACGCCACGUUGCGCCUUUUGCGAUGUCGACAACCCAUCGGAUAGCCACAUCCAGGAGCAUCAUUAUUGGGACUGCCAGGCCAAGCCGUCUUCAUUGCGAACAUUCUAUCGAAAAGACCACCUCCGUCAGCACUUACGUCUAGUACAUGGGAUAGACAAUGCGAAAGCCAACAUAGCGUCAUGGAAAUCGGAGGUCACAGAUAUCAAUUCCCGGUGUGGAUUCUGUGCGGCGACAUUCACUCGGUGGUCUGAACGGAAUGAUCACAUUGCCGGCCAUUACAAGGAAGGAACUACAAUGAAGGACUGGAAAGGCUGCCGAGGAUUCGUUCCGGCGGUAGCUCUGGCUGUUGACAAUGCCAUGCCACCGUAUCUGAUUGGGAUCGAAUCUACUGGUAUCGACCCCUUCAGUGCCUCCCGCCGGGGAAAGGUGAGUAAAGAAAGCAACACUGCUUGUCAAGAACAAGAACACUCAACCAUCCAGCCAACUCCGUUUGAGCAACUGACGGAACAUCUCAUCCGCUUUGUCCGUGCGAAGCAAGCAGCUGGGGCACUCAUCACGGACGAAUCUAUACAAAGGGAGGCACGCUGUCUCUUAUACGGAGAUGACGAUUCCUGGAAUCAAACGGCAGCAGAUAAUUCCGACUGGCUGAACUUUUUCAAAGACGGAAUGGGGAUCAACUCUUCAGCGACGAUGGCCAGUGCCAUUUCAUCCCACAUAUGCUCAGCCCCUAUCUUCCCGCUCCCGUGGACCAUCAAUCCAACAGAGACUAUUGGGACACAGGAAGAAAAUGGCGCUCGUGAACUGGAAACAGCAGCAUUGAUUGACCAGUGGAUGCCUUGGGCCUGGCAAAGUCCCGAGUGUCUUGCAGAGUUUCGUCGGUUUAAUAGCGGCUUUGCCACCUGCCCCGGGGCAGGUUAA